AUGGCGCCGAAGCGGCGACGGGAGCCCGCGAUGCCGUCGUUCGCGGCGACGACGGGUCGGCGAAUCGCCCGAGGCGGCACGCGUCGGGUGGCCGGACAUAAACCGCUCUCGCGGGAGUACGUGGAGGCGCGGCGGGCGUCGAGGGCGGGACGGACGCGAGACGUCGUCGAGGGCGACGCGACGGGCGCGCGCGGACGAGGGAACGGGGGCGAGGCGACGACGUCGGGGGUGGCGUCGAGGGAUGAGACGCUCGCGCUGGCGAUCGCGGAUUGUUUGGUGGCGGCGGAACGAGGUGAGGGGGCGCUCGCGACUUUGGAGGCGGACGCCGAGGCGAACGGACGCGACGGACGAGGGAAGCGAAGAAAGGGAAACGAUGCGCACAAAGGCGUGGGGUACAUCGCGAGCAAGGGAAGGGGGAGACAGACGGCGGGGAAUCGAGCGAACUUGCUCGGGACGCUGGACCUGGCGGACGAGGAGACCGUUCGAGAGCUCUUGGGACACCUGCCGCAGGGACAUCAAAACGAGCGCGCGGCGAUCGUGAAAAAUUUAGAAAAACAGCACCGACGAUGGUAUCAGCUCUUACGUGCCGGAUUCAACGUCUUGCUCUAUGGGUUCGGCUCGAAGAAGGCGCUCAUGGAGGACUUCGAGACGCGGUAUUUCCGCGACGGCGGCGUCGUCAUCGUCAACGGGUUCUUCCCGGCGCUCACGCCCAAGCAAGUCGUCGUCGCCGCGGCGGCGGCGUUAACACCGGUGAGCGAGAUUAUGAACGACACACAGAGUAACGGGUCGAUAAUUAGCGAUAAGACGCCCACGGAGACGCUGUUGGCGAAGAUUCAGAGCGCGACGAGAGGAUCCGCGACGCGCGAGCCCAAGCGUCUGUACAUCGUCUUGCACAACAUCGACGGACCAACGCUGCGCACGAGCGAGGCGCAGGCACUGUUGGGCGAGCUCGCGAGCAUGGAUCGAGUUCACCUCAUCGCCAGCAUCGAUCACGUCAACGCUCCACUGCUCUGGAGUAAGCGCGAGGCCGCGAGGUUCAACUGGGUGUGGCAGGAGGCGUCCACCUUUGCGUCGUACGCGCUCGAGACGGCCAACUUCCCCCAACUUUUGGCGAGCAAGGGCGAGGAGCGUCACGUCAGAGGCGCUGCGAAUGUCUUACGAUCGCUCACCGCGAACGGUCGCGCCAUCUUCCGUUUGCUCGCCGAGCACCAGCUCGAGAACGAGGACUCUCCCGGCAUGCCUUUCGACGUCUUCUACGCCUCGUGUCGAGAGCAAUUUCUCGUCAGCAGCGAGGUCACCCUUCGCGUGCACUUGACCGAGUUCACCGACCACGAGCUCGUUCGAAGCAAACGCGCGCACGACGGGAGAGAUUUACUCUCCAUUCCCCUCUGCGCCGACGCCCUGCGCGAGCUCGCGCGCGCGUUCGACGCCCCCUAA